AUGGCUUCCAGUAAGCCCGUCGUCGCCUCUGGCGCUGACGUCGGCGAUGGCGUCAGGAGGCGUCCCAUCGCCGCCGGUCAGUCCGUCCCUGUGACGGCCAAGCCCGAGGUCGACAACAAGAAACAGCUUGCCAAAAAGCAACCCACCGCUCUCGACUUCCUCGACGAGUGGGAAUUCAUCCUCGCGCCCCUCCUCUUCACGGCUGUGGCUGUCUUCACCCGUCUUUACAAGAUUGGUCUCAGCAACAUCGUGACCUGGGACGAAGCGCACUUCGGCAAAUUCGGCAGCCACUACAUCAAGCAUGAAUACUACUUCGAUGUCCACCCGCCUCUGGGCAAGAUGCUCGUCGGUCUCUCUGGCGUUCUUGCUGGCUACAACGGCUCCUUCGAAUUCAAGUCUGGCGAGAAGUACCCGGCCGAUGUCGACUACACCUUUAUGCGCGCCUUCAACGCCUUCUUCGGUAUUCUCUGUAUUCCUCUGGCCUACUACACCGCCCGCGAGCUGAAGCUGCGUCGCCCUGCUGUCUGGCUCGUCACCCUCAUGGUUCUGUGCGAGAACUCGUACACCACCAUCAGCCGCUUCAUUCUGCUCGACUCGAUGCUACUUUGCGGCACCGUGCUCACCGUCUUCUGCUGGAGCAAAUUCCACAACCAGCGUUACAACAGCUUUGAGCCCGAGUGGUUCCUCUGGCUGUUCCUGACUGGUCUCAGCAUCGGCUGCGUCUGCAGUGUCAAGCUCGUCGGUCUCUUCGUCACCUCUCUCGUUGGUCUCUACACCAUCGAGGACCUCUGGAACAAGUUUGGCGAUACCAAGAUGCCUGUCACGACCCUUGGUGCUCACGUUGUCAGCCGUGUCGUUGGUCUCAUCGUCAUUCCCCUGCUGGUCUACAUGCUCUCCUUCGCCGCCCACUUCGCCAUCCUCGACCACACCGGCCCCGGCGAUGCCCAGAUGAGCUCCUUGUUUCAGGCCAACCUAAAGGGUACCCAGGUCGGAAAGGACAGCCCUCUUGAGAUUGCUUACGGAUCUCGUGCGACUAUCAAGAACAUGGGCUAUGGUGGUGGUCUACUCCACUCCCACGUCCAGACCUACCCCGAAGGCUCGAACCAGCAGCAGGUUACUUGCUACCACCACAAGGACACCAACAAUGACUGGUUCUUCUACCCCAACCGCGACGAAGAGCCCUACGAUGCCGAGGCUGAGCCUCGCUACAUUGCUGACGGCACCACUAUCCGUCUCAUCCAUGCUCAGACUGGUCGCAACCUGCACUCGCACGAGAUUGCCGCUCCCAUGACCAAAUCGGACAAGGAAGUUUCCUGCUACGGCAACCUGACUGUUGGAGACGCCAAGGACCACUGGAAGAUCGAGGUUGUCCGUGAUGCUGCCUCUCGCGACCGCAGCAGGGUUCGAACCCUGACGACCGCGUUCCGCCUCAAGCACCCUGUGCUCGGCUGCUACCUUCGCGCCGGCAACAAGAAUCUCCCUCAAUGGGGUUUCAAACAGAUUGAGGUGACUUGUACUAAGACGAACAACCCCCGUGAUACGUACACUCACUGGAACGUCGAAGCCCACUGGAACGACAAGCUCCCUAAGAGCGACCCUGGUGUCUACAAGUCCCCCUUCAUCCAUGACUUUAUCCAUCUGAAUGUCGCCAUGAUGACCUCCAACAAUGCCCUCGUUCCCGACCCCGAUAAACAGGACGACCUUGCCUCGCACUGGUGGCAGUGGCCCAUCCUUGACGUCGGACUGAGGAUGUGCAGCUGGGACGACUCUGUUGUCAAGUACUUCCUCCUUGGCAACCCCUUCGUCUACUGGGGCACCACCCUGGGCCUUGGCGUCUUUGGUCUCGUCAUCGCCUGGUAUGUCCUCCGCUGGCAGCGUGGCUUUGGCGACCUCAACUACAAGGAGGUCGACCAGAUUCACUACGCUGGUGUGUACCCGGUCAUCGGUUGGGUUCUCCACUACCUGCCAUUCGUGGCCAUGGCCCGUGUGACCUACGUCCACCACUACUACCCUGCGCUGUACUUUGCCAUUCUGACGUUCGGCUUCCUUGCCGACUGGUUCCUGCGCAACAAGAACAAGACAAUCCAGUACGCCAUUUACGGAGUUCUUUACCUUGUCAUCAUUGGCUUGUACAUCAACUUCAUCCCCAUUUGCUUCGGCAUGGUUGGAUCGAACAAGCAGUUCAGCUACCUGAGGUGGUCUGACAAGUGGAGGAUCUCGGACCCCAUCGUCUAA